AUGGUUGGCACUAACAAUUUGCGAAGCAAUCUAAGCGACGUGUUCAGUGAAAAGCAAUUAAGUCAAAUAGUCAAAUCAUCAGUGGGCGAGGGUGGGAAAGUGAUUGAUGGGUACGUCAAACCUGUCGCUGAUGGCAUAGCAGGAUUCCUCGGUGAUCAUUUUAAAGUGACUUUAGAAGUACAAGUGAGUGGACAAGUUACAUGUUUGCAUUUAUUCGUGAAACGAUUGCCUGUUAACAAUAAACCGAAGGCUGAGUUCAUCGACAGUCAGCACUUUUUUAGAAGAGAGCGGUUAAUUUUUGAACUUUUUGAAGAAUUUGAGGACGUCGGAGAUCCGAAUCCAUGGAACGUCAAAGCAUACCUAUACUCCGACAGCAUGCUGGUCCUGCCCGACUUGGACAUCCAGGGCUAUCGUUCUCGGCACCACCUGGAUACCUUCGACCUACCACACGCGACAGUCACCAUUACGUCCAUCGCUCGUUUCCACGCAACCUUCGCUAAUUACGAGACUAAGAAUAUCCUCAACGGAAGAAGUGAAUACAAUUUUUACAAACAACACGAACACUUAUUAAACGAACCCACUUUUAAGGACUGCCCUUGGCUUCGUGCGGCCGCAAAAUGUAUUUCAGACAUCCUAAACACUUUCUCCGCAAAAUACGUUGGCUUGCCAGAAUUAGAAAAUAGUAUUGUAAAAUUGUUUAUAGAAGCUUGUGAUAGUUUGACUGUAGUUAAAGAUGGAUUCAAUGUAUUGAUACACAAAGACUUAUGGGCUAAUAACAUCAUGUUUAAAUACGAGGACUGCAAUCCUAAUAAUGCUGUUAUCAUAGAUUACCAAUGUAUAAGAUACUCGGCACCGACGUUUGAUGUCAUGACCUUUCUGUACCUGACGACAUCGAAGAGUUUCCGGCAGCAGCACGAAACAGGAAUCUUCGAGCACUACUAUACAAUUUUUUCCAAGCAUCUAAAUGAAAAUACCAAAUUGAGAUUGAAAAGAAUCGGCUACAACUGGGAGGAAUUUUUGAAGAGUUGCGAAAACUCUAGAAUGUUUGGUAUUUUUCAAGCUUUGGGUAUAUGUCCUUAUAUCUUAUUAGAUCCGAAGACUGCUGCAGCUACUUUUGACGAUCCGGAAACCUUUCAGAAGCAUAACUUCGAAGAUAGGUCUGCCCCUUUAAUACGCUACGCGAGGACCUGCAAUGUAUACCGGGAGAGACUGGUAGAAUUGUCUGAGGAAUUCGUGGAAAGAUAUUUAUUGAAAAAAUAA